AUGAUCAGCAAUACCGAUAUCAAAACACCUAACAUUGAUGAACUGGCGCGCGGCGGUGUGCGCUACAGCAAUGCUUUUACCGUGCAACCCAUCUGUGCGCCAAGUCGUUUUGCCUUUCUCUCGGGCCAGUAUGAGCGCACCAGUGGUCUUGGCUUUAACUCCCCUUAUGAGGUGUCAGAAACACAAUGGGCGCAGACAUAUCCUGCGCUGCUGCAACAAGCCGGCUAUCACACCGGCUUUAUUGGCAAAUUCGGCGUGCAGUAUUAUUCGUUUGAAGGUGGCACAAAUGCGCAGUUCGAUUACUGGCGCGCCCACGAUGGCUGGCUGCCUUUUUUCCCCAAAGACAUUGAAGGCAAUCCGGCUACGCAGAUCUAUCAAGAUGCCAAAAGCGACAUCACCACCGAGAUCAUGGGGGAAUACAUCACAGAAUUUCUGGCAACGCGCCCAGCUGACAAGCCGUUUAAUCUAUCGGUCAGUUUCUCGGCACCACACAACUCGGUGGUCUCGUCCAUGUAUCCUGAAGGUGCCCAUGACGAUUGCGACAACUACGCCUGCAGGGUCAUGGGCUAUCCGGCAAACGCCAACCCCCGUUUAAGCGGGCACCCGAUUUACGACACUCUUUACCGGGACCCGGGCAUUGCAAUUUCACCCGAUACAGGCGCUGACCCCUAUCAGUUUAUUCCGCAAGGCGUUAUUGACCACGAAGCACGACAGAAAUGGUACGCCUAUAACUAUGAGCCCAGCCUGCAGCCGGAACAUCUGAUCCGUUAUUACCAGACGAUUACCGGCAUUGAUCAGGUAGUAGGUGAACUGCUGACACAACUUGAAGAUCUUGGUAUAGCUGACAACACCAUCAUCGUGUUUUCCAGUGACCAUGGCUUGCUGAACGGCGAAUACGGUACAGGCGGCAAAGGCCUGCUGUACGAUCUGGUCGCCAAAAUACCCCUGAUCGUUUAUGACCCACGCAACGUGCAGGCGGGUGCCGCGCGAGAGAAUACCAACCUCGUACUGAGCAUUGAUGUACCCGCCACUCUGCUCGCUUACGCAGAUGUGUCGGUACCCGCAAACAUGCAGGGCAAAGACCUGAACGGCAACGCCGCACCGCGGGAAGAAGUGUUUCUCGAAAGUCUGACCGUGGCGGAAGGUAACCCGUUUAUCGAAGCACUGCGAAGUAAUGAGUGGAAAUAUGUGCGCUAUCUGCAGCCACAGGGCUGCCCCUACACCGAGGCACAUCUGGACCUGGCCGGUCAGACACCCAUUUUUGAGCAGCUGUUUCACCUGGCCAGCGACCCCGAGGAACGCAACAAUCUGGUUGACGAUGCCGCCCACCUGGCGGUGCUAACAGAUUUUCGCAGCCGUACCGACCAACGCUCCGCACAACUCACUCAAACAAGUCGCCAGUACAAGCAAGACACUAACCAACCUGCGCGAGCCGGUAUUACACGCAGACAUUUUCUUGCAGCUGCCGCGGCUUUCACCGCCGCCUUAAGCAGUAGCGCGCUGGCCAGCAGUAGCGGUGGUCAGCCGGUUAUCCUGGAUACCGACAUUGGAGAUGACAUUGAUGACACCUGGGCCCUGCUCAUGUUGCUGCGCAUGCCCAACCUGGAUCUGAAGCUUGCCGUUGGGGAUUUUGGCAAUGCCAUCUACCGGGCACGCCUGCUGGCAAAACUGUUAGAGGUUACGGGUCGGAGUGACGUACCUGUGGGCAUCGGUAUGGAUCAGGCAGACGAGCCCGGCCAGCAGAGCGGCUGGAUAGGCGACUACCAGCUCAGUGAUUACCCCGGUCUUGUGCACACCGAUGGUGUGCAGGCGAUCAUUGAUGCCAUCAAGUCAUCCCCGGAGCCUGUGACCCUCAUUUGCCUGGGGCCGGUACCCAAUAUUGCCGAAGCGCUGCGUCGCGAUCCGUCGAUUGCCUCAAAUGCAAAGAUUGUGGGCAUGUACGGAUCAAUCUACACAGGCUACCUGGGCUCGCCUGAGCCGGCCGCAGAAUACAACGUCAGAAUCGAUCCACAAUCCCUGCAGAGUGUUUUUGCUGCACCCUGGGAAUGCACCAUCACACCGUUGGAUACCUGCGGACUUGUUGUGCUUGAUGGCGACAAUUACCGCCGUCUGUACUUGAGCGAUGAUCCGUGGCUGCAGACACUCAUGGAAAACUACCGUGUCUGGUUACCUGGGGCACCUUUUGUUGACCCCAACCAGGACACCACUCGCAUCAGCACCACGCUGUUUGACACCGUGGCGGUGUAUCUCGCUGCCAGCGAAGAUCUUGUCGACAUGCAGACCCUGCCGCUUCGAGUGACGGACGAAGGGUACACAGUCAUCGAUCCCGCCAAAGGUCGGCCUGUGCGUUGCGCUGUUGGCUGGAAAGAUCUUGAAGCUUAUGAGCAGCUUCUGGUGGAAUCCACUGUGAACUUUCAGCGCUAUUCAAUCGCCACAAUAUCUGUCCUCGUAGCACUACUGACAGGAAUAGCCUCAAAAACCCUUGCUGGUGAACCCAGCCAGCCGCCUAACAUCAUCAUCUUCCUGACCGACGACCAGGGUUAUGCCGACGCUGGUGUUUACGGUAGUCACGAUCUAGACACCCCCAACAUUGAUCAGUUGGCACAAGAAGGUAUCAAAUUCACCAGUUUUUACGCCCAACCACUUUGCGGCCCUUCACGCGCGGCGCUCUUGACUGGACGUUAUCCGGUGCGUAUCCAAGAACCGGGUAACACUAAAUCUCCUAAUACCACUCUGGCCGCGAGCGAAGUGACCAUUGCUGAAAUCCUUCAACAGGCAGGUUACAGAACCGCACUCAUCGGAAAGUGGCAUCUUGCUGGAGAUGGCGCACCCUGGGACUAUACACCGCCGCCGUUACCCCCAGGCAGACCGGGAGGGAAAGGUCCAUUCGACAAAUCACUUAUGCCAAAUGCCCAGGGUUUUGACUACUUUUUUGGUACACCGAUGCACAACGGCUACACGCAACAGGUGGAUCCAGCCAGAUUUAUCGUUGAUCUCAUGCGCAAUCAGUCAAUCAUCGAAACUCAAACGGAUGUCAACCAAUUAACGUCCCGGUACACACAAGAGGCACUGCAAUUUAUCCGCUCAAACGCCGCCAAUCCCUUCUUUCUGUUGCUUUCCCACAACAUGCCCCACGUAUCUCUGGGUGUUAGUUCGACAUUCGCCGGGCGAUCUCGGCGUGGUCUGUAUGGCGAUGUGAUUAUGGAACUGGACUGGAGCCUGGGAGAAAUACUGCAGGAGUUGCAGACGCUGAAUAUCAAUAAACAUACGCUGGUUAUCUUUUUGUCCGAUAACGGACCGCCGCUAGGACAGCUGACCGACAGAAAUGGCGCAAGCGCCGAACCUCUAAGAGGAGGGAAAUACUCAAACUGGGAGGGCGGCGUGCGGGUGCCCGCCAUCAUGCGCUGGACCAACACUAUCCCUGCGCAACAAGAGGACCAUCACAUUGCCAGCGUCAUGGACCUGUUGCCAACAAUCUCAACCGCAUCGGGCGCACCACUUCCUGAGGACGUGGAAAUAGACGGAUACGAUCUCACACCGAGAUUGUAUGGAAACCCCACGACACACUCUCGCACCCAUUUUUAUUAUUCUCUGACAACACUGCAGGCUGUGCGCAAAGGCCGCUGGAAACUGGUUUUACCGCGCCAGAAAAAGGCGCCGGAGUUAUCCUGGCUAGGCCGAUAUACCGAAGACGUGGCAGAUUACCAGUUGUAUGAUCUGGUAAGUGACAUCAGCGAGCAGAACGAUGUUGCCAGACUACAUCCUCAGGUUGUGACAGACCUUUUGUUGGAAGUUGACUGGGCGACUCAGAACCACUGA